CAACAUGCGCACGGGCAGCGCGACCAGCCCACUCGAUAUACAUCGGCUGCUCAGUCUGUCUCUGUCGCAGAUCAGGAAAAAUGCAGAAAACACUGUGUACCAUCACAAACCUUCUCCCUUUAACAUUCGCUGGAUCCACGGGUACAACUCUAAGGUGGACGUGAUCAAUCUGAACAACAAAGGCAGCACGAUCCUGUUCUACGCUGCCAACAAUUGCGGGGUUUUGUACAACUGGACCACCAACCAGAUGCGGAUACUGCAGGGACAUAGACACAUGGUAACGUGCAUCGCAGUUGACGGCCCGGGCCGAUGGCUGGUGACGGCUGACAGCGGCCCUGGCAACAUCAUCAUCAUCUGGGACAGCACCGACUACUUCCCGCAGAAAACCCUGUUCAGCCCACAUGGAAACACCAAGCUGAGCAAAGUGGCUUUGAGCGCCGAUGCCAAGUAUUUGCUGACCUUAGGAUAUAAGGACAAGGCGUGUUUGUACUGGUGGAUCUGGUCGUUUGGACUCGAUGAACCUCAUGCGAAAGCAGAAAUAGAUUUGCCUCGAGAAGCGGUGAUCACCAUGGAUUUUAACCCGCAACUAAGUGAACAAUUUCUGUUAUUGACUAAAAAUGAUAUAUGGAUUGGGGUUUCCGGCAAAGUGUUUGUUAUCGAAAGAGGUGUUCUCAAAGAGACUGAUUAUUACCAAUUGAAAAUACGGAAAGUAGACCGACCUCCCAGCUCGGAGGCCGGGAAGCUCACCUGCUUCACCUUCGUGAAGGAUACUUCGCAAAUAUUGGUAGCGACCAGCAGGGGGUACGUCCUCAUCUAUGGGUACAGCAUAGAGUUUCAAGAGCAGUCGCAGCCGUCCAGCCAUGAUAAUUUGAAAUUCGUGAAGUUGUUCAAAUUGGAGAAGUGCAGGAUUAACGUUAUCAAAAGCAUCGAUGGACUUAUAGCGACUGGUAACAAUGGCGGGGAGAUCCACUUCUACGACCAGCAGCUGAAGCUGCUGUACUGGGUGCACGGCUUUCAGCCUGAUUGCGUCAAAAACCUCAGCUUCAACAUCUCGCCGAGGAGCUACAGGAUCUUUGAUCCUAAGUGUGGCAAACUAUGUCCAUGCUGGGAUAAAGUGGUGAUGGAGAAGGACCUGGAGACAGGGUUGGUGAAACAGAAGCUGCUCAAACAGAAGUUGCCUGCAGACGCCACUACUGGAGGGAAACCUGUCGUCAUCAGAGACUUCAUAGUCUGUACAAAGAAUGAAGGAGUCGCAUUUGCGGAUUUUCUUGUAGAGAAAUUGCAUACUGUAUUAGAUAACAAACCGGCAUACGCUUUGGCUCUCUCGGUCCACCCUGAAAAGCCAUUCGUCUCGCUAGGAUACCACGACGGCAACGUGGAGCUGUUGAACUUCGUACAACACGCGGUAUUCGCGCGGCUGAACCUGCGGGAGUUCUACAAGAUUGUGAUCCCUCCGAAAGAUGACUCCAUCAAUGGGAACUACGAGAUCACCGUGCCGGAGAUUAGUGUCACUUGUCUCAAGUUCUCGCCUACAGGCCUCCACCUUGCUUGCGGCUUGAACACUGGUGAGCUGAUCUUCCUGGACCCCACAACUUUAAACAUCCUCACUAAAACUCCUUUCCGGGACACAAAGUAUGCCAUUCAGCAGAUCACUUACAGCUGCGACUCGUUGACUAUGGCCCUAGCUGACGAAGGUAAAACUGUUUGCGUUUACAAAUACGAUUGCGACAGUUACCGCUGGUAUUUCGUUGGGAAACAUCGAGCUCAUUACAAAAACGUGAACACCAUAAACUUCUUGCCGUUCAAGAACGAGGGCGAUGAGUAUAAGCUCAUAUCUUUGGGCGCUGAUAGAAUUAUGGUGGAAUAUGAUAUUGCUAAAAGUAGUGACGAGUAUUUGGAGAUAUACAGUUUGGACAGAAUGGAUCAGACCGCUGUGCCUCUGGGGGCGAUCCCGUGGCCGAACCCGCCGGAUUUGGACCCAGAGAUUUGUCGCACGGAUUUGCAACUGAUGCUUGUUGCCAAUGAUGAGUACAAGUACAAGGUCCUGAACGCGAAUACGACGAUGACGAUGGCCACUGUCUUAGGACCACGCUACGACAGUCCUGUGAGACGGUUACAGCUCAUAUCGAGGGUGGAGAAAGACGAGAAUACACAAGCAGAAACCAAUCUGCAGUACUUGAUCUUUGCUACUAAGAACGUCAUUGGUCUGCAGAAGAUGCCGCUAGAUGGCAACCCUUGGAAGCAUGUGGGACUGCUCGGACAUCCAGUAAAGGUAAUUGAAAUGUGUUUUCGAGAAGACAGUGGUACCUUAUUCACCAUAGGAAGUAGAGACAGCACAAUGUGUCAAUGGUCAGCUAAUUACAGAUCCGUAGAAUCAACCACAAAGCUUGGCGGCGGUGACCUAGACCCAUAUUACUGCUUGGUCGAGAACGGUCGGCCAGGGUGGCUGUUCCAGGAGAUUCGGGACCUCUUCUACUACAUCCAGAUAGUCUGCCAGGGGACGUUUUCCCCGGCAAUGAGACGGGUGAAGGACUAUAUCCCGAUUGACUCACUGCCUGACCUGAUGAGGGCGUUGGGCUUCUUCCCCUCGGAGUAUGAGGUGGAAAAUCUCUUAGUCGAAGCGAAAUUCAAGACAUAUUUGAAACAAGCAUGCACCGAGUUGGAUUUUGAGGAGUUCGUCAAACUGUACCUGAACCACCGGCCGGCCUUCGAGAUCAGCUAUAACAAAGUGAUGGCCGCGUUCCGUCACUUCGCCACUUACCGCAAGGAGAACUACGUCAUGCGCCGGGACGACUUCUUGAAGAUGCUCAAAAAUAAUGGUGAGAAGUUUUCUCAGGAACUGUCGUGGUAUCUGCUGUCGAUACUGAGCGGGCAGAAUUUCGACGACCGAGCGGCCAUGAGCGAAGAGGAUUUCUCAUUUCUACCUAAGGAAAUCACAUUCAGCUACCUGCUGACCCACAUAAUGGGCCUGCAGGACGUCGACGAGCUGUCAGACCAGCUGUCCUCCUGCAUGGAGUCCGGAGUCAGCUACUCCCACACGGGUUCCUCUACAUCAGAAGAAAGGAUCUAAUGAAUUGGUCUAUCAUUUAUUACGUUUUAUAUCUUAAUUAAAAUAAUUUACAAAUUACAAUUCAUAUUUCAUUGGGAUUUGAUUCGCCAGUUACUAUAAACAGAAGACAUUUUCUAGUGUAUUCAAAGUUACAAAAAUCAUAAGCUUCCUUUUUGUUUCGCCGUUGUCGGGUAAUAACGGGUCUUUACUUAGCAGUUCCCAGAUUUCGUUUGUAGCUACAAAUGUGUAGAUUUUAACUUUAAUGAACUUUUUAU